GUUUCCAUAAAUACAAGUCCACAUUUUGUCUGGCAGAUGGGAACAGGAAUGAUGGAUGUGUCAACUUUAUUCUGUGCAUUUUUAAGCUGUGUCCUUGAAAGUGAUCUGACAACAUUGUGUUGACCAGGUUCAGACUGUUCAGUUAUUGUUCUUGGUUUCUAGAAAGAAAUGGUGAUGAAACAAACCCUUUAGUGUAUUCUCUAAUUUGUACUUGUCAUUCUUCAAACCCAUUGGACAAGGUCUGGGGGAGGGACUUAAUUUUGUCCAAUAGGCUGUAUGGGAUAUGUUGAAGGGGCCACUAGUUCCAUUUCCGUUACUCUCCCUAUAGUUUCCCUCAGUCUUCACAGCACAUACUUACUGUUUCAUUAUAGUGGAUGUGAAGUGAUGAAUGAACACAUUUGACUGGGAUUUGUUCUCAGGUAAGUGCAAGUGUCCAAAAAGAUGGUUUGAGUUUCAGUCACAGUGCUUCCUGAUUGACAAGAUGGUGAGGACCUGGCGUGAAGCAGAGCACAACUGUGUGUCUCUGGGCUGGAAUCUAGAGUCUGAGCAUGAUUCCGACAGCUACUCUGGACACUUGGCAUCGGUGCACAACCCUGAGGAAUUCCAGUUCCUGCAGGAACUAACACAGACUGUGAGCCUCCCGCUCUGGAUUGGAGGUUCAGCCCAGAGAAACAUAGGUGGAAUGAUGCAAUGUGUUGAAUGAAGUUUCCUUCCCUGUGUUCUCUAAGGACAGAGUAGAUCUGGCAGAAUCAGAUUUCAGUGUCUCUGAACACUAGGGAUAAUCACAGGCAUGAAUGUUUGUGUAUGCUCCUGAUUUGACUAAUAAAACAAGUGCACACAUUCCUCUUGCCAGAAUUAUUGCCUCCAUGAUACUGCUCUGCAUUAAUCUUUAUAUCUUCUAUACAAUGCAAACCUACAAUCUGAGGUGGUUCUUUGUGAACUGGAGAGGGAGGACCAUGUGCUUAUGAUUAAAAUGAGUUUAAAAUGGCACAGGGGGCAAUGAAUAUUCUGCACACUACCCAGG